AUGAUCACUAAAAAAUCUCACCAACGCAAAAGUUCAACUCAAGAUUUAGCCAAGCGGUAUAAUUUUGCCUCGAAUUACCUCCCCGUCAGCACUAAAGCGCGAAGGUCUUCGGUAAAGAGAUUGCAUUUUAUCUCUGAACUUGAAAAGUCUACAGCUAUUGACGAGUUUGAGCUACUGGACGUCCUGGGUCAAGGAACUUUCGGCUCUGUGCAUCUUGCACGACACUUGGAUACAGGAGCUGCUGUCGCUAUCAAAAUCUUACUGAAAGCUGUGAUGCUUGAUUUGAGGCAGGAAUCAAACGUUUUAAGAGAGCAGAGCAUUCAUUUGGGACUGAAGCACCCGUUUAUUGCAAAACUCUAUGCGACUUUUCAAGAUAAGGAAGCUCUGUACUUUGUUUUAGAAUUCUGUCCCGGAGGAGAGCUGUAUAACUUGGUGUAUAUGCACGAUGAUAGACACGAAGAGGAAAAUGAAAAGAGUGAUGAUUUAAGUGACGUGGAGAGUAGACAACGUGGUAGCGAAAUAGAUGAGCCUGAGGUUACUGAAUCCGAGUCAGAUGAAGAACAGAGUAGACCAAGUUUUGCGGUAAGUCGCAAUAGGUUGUCAUUAGAUAAGCAUCUUUCGAAACAAGAGUUACGUAGCUCACAUGGAGGACUGUAUGAACGCUAUGUGGCCUUUUACGCAGCGUGUCUAGUGACAGCACUUGAGUCUUUGCAUAUGCGAGGCAUUUUAUAUCGCGAUUUGAAACUAGAGAAUCUCGUGCUGGACGCUGCGGGAUACCUUAAGCUCAUUGAUUUUGGUCUAGCAAAGUCAAGUGAAACGGAGAAGAUUGUGCGAAGCUCGACGAUGUGUGGAAGUUUCGAGUUCAUGGCUCCUGAGAUUCUAAAGCAUGAAGUGUACGAUCAACGCGUGGAUCUGUGGUCGUUUGGAAUUCUUUUGUACGAAAUGUUGUUUGGGGUGACACCGUUCCAUCAUGCCAAUCACCGAGAACAAGGCCGACGCAUCCUUUCGGAACCUGUGCAUUUCCCGAGCAAAUACGAACAACAACACACAGCAGUCUGUUCUCUGAUCCAAAAUCUACUCGAGAAAGACCCAGCACAACGAAUUGCAACAUUUACUGACGUGAAAAAGACGGUAUUUUUUCGUACAUACUUCCCCUCUGCUCAAAGAUGGCAAGAACUCGAGGCACGAAAGACAGAGCCUCCAUUUGUUCCAAGACUAAAUGGUCUCUUCGAUACAAGUCUAUUUUUGCGUGUUUCAGAAGAACACAAAGGUAGUAUGUGCAGUGAUGCUGACUCGGACUUUGGUUUAUUCUAUUCUGAGGCAACACUUUCUGCAAGCAUGCUCAAAUUGACUUUGCUUUCAGCAAGAGACUGUGUCAUGAGUUGCCAAGCAGCAAAGCACCAUUGCAAUUCUGAUGCAAUGAUCUUUUCAGCAUUUAAAACGGAGUUUGACAUGGGUACUGGAUGUCAUAAGCGAAGGCUGACAGAGAUACCAGAUCAGACGACAAUGCUUUUUCAGUGCAACAAUCCAGAGCUUCAAACGUUAGCAGCUCAUGACUUCGACAUCAUUCGUGUGCUGGGCGUCGGGACGUAUGGUGUAGUGAAGCUGGCAAUGCACAAAUCUACUGGUAUUAGUGUUGCACUAAAGGUGUUGUCUAAAGAACAUGUGGUUGCAAUGCGUCAAGAGAAGCAUAUUUUGCGAGAGCGUACAGUGCACUUACAGAUGCAACAUCCGCUGAUUGCAAAGCUAUAUGGUACUUUUCAGGACGAUGAUUGUCUGUAUUUAGUGCUCGAGUACUUGCCAGGAGGGGAGAUAUAUAGCCUCGUAUACUCGCAUCGUGAAGACCAGGAAGAUGGCCCAAACGCUGUCAAGGCUGGUAAUUUAGAAUUUAAAGAUGACCCCAGCGAGCUCCGAUUACCCACGCCACCCAACGCACUGAACUCGAUGACGGACGGUAAUUUGGUGUCUAUUCAAUCUCAAACUCUUGAGGCACAUGAAAUUUCUAUUUUGCGCAACCACUUUGGUGGACUGAAGGAAGAGUACGCGAUAUUUUACUUGGGCUGCAUCUUGUGUGCUCUCGAGUAUCUACACGACCAAAAUUUGUUAUAUCGAGACCUGAAAUUGGAAAAUCUGGUGCUUGAUGAUGAGGGGUUUCUUAAAAUUCUUGAUUUUGGGUUCGCUAAGCUAGACGCACAACGUGCUGAAGAUACUGAUGAUUGCUGUGAACAAAGCCAGAACGCACGAAAUCUCACUUUGUGUGGUAGUAUGGAUUACAUGGCACCAGAAGUACUUCUUCGUCAGUCUCAUGAUCAUCGCGUGGAUAUUUGGUCGUUUGGUAUCAUCAUGUAUGAGCUUUUGCUUGGCGAAACCCCAUUUUAUCAUGAAAACCCACGCGAACUUGGUCGUAGAAUUACUCACGAUGAAGUGGAGUUUUCCAAUGAGUUUGAAGAGGAAUGUCCGCUAGCUUGUGACCUCAUUAAUCAGCUCUUGGUGAAGAAUCCGGAUGAAAGACUGUCUUCUGUCGAGAAGAUCAAGCAGCACAGUUUUUUCACACGUGUAUUUUCGUCCCCAGAGGACUGGCAGCAACUGGUCCUUCGUGAAUGCCCUGCACCUUUCAUUCCCAAGAUCAAUGGACCAUUUGACACAUCUUUUUUCCAGACAAUAGAUGAUGAGUCUCAAGAAGAGCUAAAUACUUGCGUGGAGCCUUAUUUUGAAGAUGGCACAAACAUCUUUCGCGAUUUUUAG